AUGAAGCAGUUUAAGACUCUAAUAGAAUUCUUUUACUUUUCAGAGCGCUAUUGCAUUCAGAACAUUCCACCCGUCAUCGUGUCCAGUAGCCAUGAACUGUAUAUCCAUUUCAGAGCGAGAAGCGAUGCUAAAGAGACUUCACUGCUGAAUAGAAAGUUUCAAGGAUCUUACCUGACUCAUUCCCAUGGAUGUCAUGAAAGUAUUGGUUUACAGGAUGGUAGAGUUAGAAAUUCUCAGAUAUCGGCGUCAUCUUACUUUACACUUCAACUCGGCCAGGGGCAACUUUACCUUAGUCCUCAGUAUGGAAGAGUGGGCAGUGAUUACUCAUGGUGCAGUCAGGGACAAGUUUUAAACAAGGUUGUUGGAGAAUAUCUGCAAAUCAACCUAUUGAACUACACUGAAGUAACUGCCAUAGCGACUCAGGGUUACCAGUUGCACGGUACAGAUUACAGGGGACUAGUGUCAAGUUAUAAAGUAGAGUACAGUUACGACGGAAACCACUGGAUUGCCUACGUUGACAGCGCGAAAAACAGCGCCAGUCAGGGAUACAGUGAAUUCAACGGGAACACGGACUUUAACGGAGUAAAGAAAAAUAUCUUCAAACCAUCCAUUGUGGCUAAGAUCAUUCGAAUAUUUCCAAUCGGUUACAAGAGCUACCCCGUCAAACACAUGUGUCUUCGAGCGGAACUGUACGGCUGUCCUUAUGACUUAGGGUGUGGAAGUAUCGUUUCUUUCAAAAAGCCGGGAAACAUAGCUGUUCGUGGAUCUAAUCAACAAUCCAAAAAAUGUACUUGGUUAUCAAUCCCCAGAACUCCAAGCUCAUCUAAUGACGUCAUCACCUUUCAGUUUUUCUACUUUCAUGUACCAUGUCACCAUGGUCACGUGAUGUUACACGCCAGAGGUGAUGACAGGAAAAUGAACACUUUCUGUGGUGCAGAUCCUCCACCAGUGUCCAGUCUUCCUGCUUCUAGCCAAAUAACACUGGAAAUAAAGCUUGAGAAAGGAUCACCUGUUUGGGGUUUUGACCUGCAGUAUAAAACUGAGUAUUUAGGCUGUGGGAGAAUUGUUCAGGUCUUGAGCAACGGAACAGUGACAUCACCGAGCCACCCCUUGUUAUAUGACAACAAUCAGGAUUGCACUUGGAUUCUCUCGUGUAAUCCGGGAUCUAGGAUAAAGUUGAACUUUAUUGAGUUUGACCUUCAGCCGCCAAAUCAUACACAGUGCCUUGAUUUUGUCCAAGUCCAGGAAGGUCGACAAGACACCUCAGCUGUUUUGGGUAAAUUCUGUGGAAUCUCUGCUCCAGUUCCAGUUAUAUCUACCUCCAAUCACUUGCGCGUUGCAUUUCAUAGUGAUGACACGACGAAAGGAAAAGGUUUUCUUCUCGAGUACAGUCUUGUUUCACCAAAAGAGCCUGAAUCACCAUCCACUCGAGAUUUUUCCGGGCGAACAGAGAACACAGAAACUAACGGUGCAACAACAGAAAAUCAUCACAGCAGUGGCAGUUCAAUAGAUGGCACGGCUUGUCUUGUUCACAUUACUAUGCUUACUUUACACUGGUUAUUUAUUAAUCGCAACUGAUGGAUAUACUGCAGUGAACCCGAAAAGACGGAAGAUGUGACCUGCAGGAACUGCAGUGGCAGAUCGGUACACAGUUCAGAUGGUACUGGCCUUAGUAUUGCCUUCCGUUCCAGCAUUGGUCAUACUUCGCACAUCAUACUCGUUUAUCAUUUAUCACAUGAAUUUGACUGAAGAGUGAACAUGAUUCUACAUUCAGUAAAUUUCCAAUCCGUUUUAAUUUGUUGCUUUUGAGAAGCAAGAUUAUCCCCUAAUUUGUAUUAGGAACCAAAUCUUUCCACCUUCAAAUGAGGUGAAUGGCGUUAAGACCCUAAAUUUAGAUCUCAUAGCCUACUAUAUACUACCUACUCCUAGCUGAACGAAAAAAGUAAAAUCGAUGUUGCUGUUAAGAAUUGGUUGAAAGGACAAUGGAAACAAUAUUCCGGCUCUUUCUUCGAUUCCUUUCUACUCUCUUUGUUCUGCUAUCUAUUUAUCCAACGAAUUACUGAAAAGAACUGUAUUAUAUUGUUAUCAAACUAGAAAGUUACUUGUAUAGUAUUUCGACUAUUUCCUACCUGAGCACAAAAUGGCGCAUUACUGCAUAUUUCGUCUUCUUAACAAAAAUGUCUCACUACGCCAGAGGAAGUAAAAAGCAUUUUCGUUGGGGUAUAACGCUCAAAACCUUGGAGUGAUUACAUGCAGUUUCUCUCAAAAUCGGGAAAAGAGCAUGACAUCCAAUGAAAAUCGUAGCAAUGACUCGGCAAUCGCAAAAUGUACGAAUUCUUCAGUCUCGCAUCCCCUGGCACCUUGAUGUACUUCCCAUGUGGGAAAUAAUUCAGACGCGGAGUCAACAGAGUCGAGCAAUGAAUACUGAGCGUGAGAGCGCAGACGUACUUCCCGUUAGAAAUAUACGUCUACGUAAACCGAAAAUGCCUAGAAACGCCCCUGACUUUGAACUCCGGCUCACUUCGAGCACUUUUUCUCCCGCGUUCUCAAGUUUGCAUUGAAAAAUACCAAGGCUGCGAAUAGUGUAGGCGAUAUGCUAUCUUGCAUAGAGUGUUUUCCUUACCAUUCACAUUUCAGAGUACCCUUUAAAAUGUCUACAGGAACGCUGGGCUAUAAUGCCCUCCGGAUUUAGAUUUGAUCUAAUAUAUCCACUCGGAGCGUGGAUUCUUCAGAUCGUUAAUUCAUUUUUGGAUUUUAGCAGUGCAGUGGCCCAUGUGUUCCGUUAUCUCUUUAAAGUUGAAAAAUGUCCUAGCUUCUUCGAGUUUUAUAUGUAAAGCUUUGAUUCUCUGAAUUUUUAUCAUCCAUUUCUCUAAAACGUAUCAGGGAUGUUAGGAGUGAGGGAAUUUUAUCAUGAUCGAGGCUUUACUGAUGGGCUCUUUUUGUGGUGGUUUAACAUUCCGAUUAUUGGACACCUUUUGCUUAUCACUCUGCUGUUGCAGUUUCUGUUGGGGGUUUGUCAACAGCUUGGGGUUUCAAAAGAAACUCUUCAGUAGGAAAUAUGGACUUGUGGCUCAUUAGCAGGCGACUCUUUUAGUCCAGAGAUAUAAGCUGACAUAAAUAAAUUUCGUGGCAGUAAUAACAGAGCGACCUGUUUUGACAGUAAUUAACUGAUAACCUCAUGAACCUUGCCCCUUGAAAAUAUUAAAGUUCAUGUACUCACUUUCUGAUGUUGUGAAGGCCCGGUGGGCUGUUCGUCUCCUGAUCGAGUGGUCCGUGUUCAAGCCCUGGACGGGAACAUUGUGUUGUAUUCUUGCACUUUCCUCUCACAGUGCC